AUGACAAUCUCGUACGACGAGGAAUUCUCGUCGUUGAUGUUGCGCUGGCGUGGAUCACUUUGGAAAGCCGUACUCAAGGAUCUCAUAGCUUUCUACAUAGGAUAUUACAUAAUCCUUGCUAUUCAGUGGUACGUGCUGGAUGAGAAGCAAAAAGAAUACUUCACGGGGUGGAUUCAUUGGUGUGAAAUUGGAUCGCAGUAUAUUCCAUUGUCAUUCCUCCUCGGUUUCUUCGUCUCAGUGAUCGUUGCUAGAUGGUGA